UCGAGCGGCAGGUUUAUGAUAUGGAGACCACCUACCUACAAGAAUCUAAUCAAUUCGGAAGCGUGCUGAAGGGUUUUGAAUCAUUCUUGUCAUCGUCAAAAAACACUGCUAACCUCAAGCGGUCAAGGAAGUUUCAGGUUGAUGAGAGACUAUUCUCUCUGUCAUCGGUUACUUCUCCAGCGGUUGAAGAACAACUGGCUGCGCGAGAUGAGGCAAGAGAAUAUGCAGGUCGUUCAAAGGGCGCAAGCACUCCAGCUAAUGGCCAAGGGAAACCAAAGAAGGGAGGGCGUCCUGGAGGGAGAGACGGCAAGAGAAUACGCCCAUCGAACGAUCCAGACUUGGACGAUGAAGAUGACUACUAACCCUCGCAUGUUUCAGGCAUCUUUUAACUUUGUGUCCGCGUCUAGUUCCGUCUUUGUGUCAACCUUUAGGCUUUAGCCUUGUUCUCUUGCAAAUCCAAACCAGCGUUGAGGAACUCCCAGCUCAUCUGCUUGCUUGAGCGUGCUUCUUUUCCAUGCCUUUUCCUGUUUUGCCCUUUGUAACAUAUAAGGUAGCAGCAAGUUAAUUAGAUGGUGAAAAGUUGUGUGGACAUUAUUCUAUUUCUUAUAACGAAAUAUGUAUAUGGCAACCGUGUGCCAGAUUGCGAAAC